ACAAAAGUAACUUGUUGCAAUCAGAAUGGGCUUCAAACCAGAAUAUACCUACGAUGCUGAAGAAAAGAUUUGGUGUGGCUUGCCAUAUCGUGAGUACUACGCACCGGAUCUAUCUAUUGGCGAAAUUAUUUUCCAAGAAAUGAAACGUCAUCCAAAACUCACAGCUCAAAUUUCAGCCACUGAAAACACAGUGCUAACCCGUGAGGAACUUCAUUUGAACUCGAUGCGGGUGGCAAGCUUCAUGAGGAGAUUAGGCAUGGUCCAGUCGGAUAUCGUGGGAAUCAUGGCGAGAAAUACGACGCAUAUAUUUGCCGUGGUCUAUGGCUGUUUUUUCAACGGCAUCGCCUUUCACUCACUCAACAUCAGCUACGAGGAGUCGACUACUGAGAAGCUGUUCAACAUUACGAAACCACGUCUAAUAUUCUGUGACGGCGAGGAAUACGAGAAAGUUAAAUCAGCGACUGCCGAUCUAAAUGUUAUGAUCGUUACAAUGCGUAAUCAUCAUAAGGACUCCAUAAGUAUUGAGGAAGUGCUGGCUACACCUGUCCAAGACGACUUUACGCCUUCCCGCCUGGAUCACGGCAUUGAUCAGACCCUGGCCAUACUCUGCUCCUCAGGAACGACGGGUACGCCCAAGGCGGUGACCAUUACGAACAGUCGCAAGAUCUUAAACACCAGCACUCAAUUGACAGUCGAUGAUGUUCAGUAUACACAUAGCACCUUGGAUUGGAUAUCAGGACUUCUGACAGCAGUUUCUACUGGUGUGUACAGCACCACAAGGAUUAUCGCCGACAAUCCCUUUGAUCCAGUGCGCCUCCUGCGUGUCAUUGAACAAUAUAAAGUCACAUGGCUUGUUCAGGCUCCGUCCCACUUGGCGAUGAUGGCCAAUUGUAAGGAAUUCGAGCAAGCCAAUCUGCACAGCAUUCGAGCUUACCUUUACGGAGGAGGUCGUUGCUCCGUUGAAGCUCAACAUCGUGUUAGGAGCAGUCUAAGAUCAGACUGCAUGCAUAUGGCAUACGGCCUUACGGAAGCAGGAACUAUGGUUUCUAUGAACUGGAACUUUGAUGAGAAACCUAAUUCGGUUGGACGUAUCGCUGAGGGCUUUAUGCUAAAGAUACUUAACGAAGAACGUGAGAGCUUAGGCCCAAACGAGGUGGGAGAGAUUUGUGUCAAUAAUGGUCAAUAUUGGGCAGGAUAUUUCGGAAAUCCGGAGGAGUCGCAGAAAAUGCGUGACUCUAAACUUUGGUUUCACACUGGCGACUUGGGAUAUAUGGAUGAUGAUGGUUUCCUCUUCAUAGUAGAACGUAAAAAGGAUAUGCUCAAGUACCAGAACAUCAUGUAUUACCCGAGCGAUGUCGAAGAAAUCAUUUCUAAGAUGCCGGAAGUUUCCGAGGUCUGUGUUUUUGGCAUCUGGAAUCAAUUUAACGGCGACGAAGCAGCCGCCGCUGUAGUCAAGAAAGUCGGUUCUCAAAUAGAGGCUCAGGAUAUAGUGGAUUAUGUCGAGAGUCACACUGACGCUAAGUACAAGCAAUUGCAUGGAGGUGUUAUUAUUGUGGACGAUUUAAUUCGCAGCGCUAACGGAAAAACAAAUCGCCAAGCUACAAAAGCGCAUUUCCUCGACAUUAAGGAUAGAAAAUAAAUCAUUUUUUUGAAGUUAAAUCAAUAAAUAUGUCAUUACAAUUAC